AUCAUUGACUUAGAUGUAGAAGAUAUCACCAAGAAUGUUGAAAUGCAUCCAACAAGUAAAAACAGCUUAAAAUCCCCUCAAAGACUAACAGGAAACAAUCUUACUAAUACAGAACAUGGUGGCCUUCAUGAAAAAACCAUAGUGCCAACAGAACCAGCAAAAUACACAGAGGAGCCCAUAGAAGUCGCCAAGAAUGAAGUAGAAUUUGAUGAACCAUCUAAGGAGUCCUCUGGACAAAGUAAGACGACAACAGAGCACCUUGAACCAGAGAUGUUAAUUGGUGACCAUCAAGAACCAGACAAUUUAACCAAGUCAAUUCUUGAGCACCCAAACAAAAAUCCUGAUCAGGUGUCAACAAAACAGGAGGAGGUGAGGGAAAAGUGUGAGCUUAACAUGGACAGCAUAGAACCACGCAAACUUGACAUGCCUGAUGAGAUAAAAAGUGACGGGUGUGUGGUCGAUGAAAUAGAAUGUUCAAGUUGUGUGCCUGCAGCCAGCAAUGUUUUCUGUAAGCCUAUAGAUUAUGUAUUUACUGAGUCACCUGACAUACAGCUCUCAACUGAGACGGAUGGCAAUUCUAAUGCUGAAACUGGGGUGUUGAGCUGUUCAGUCCCUCCUCAGACAAAGCCCAGGGACCUCAGCUGUCAGCUUCCACCCAAGAUUGAUAAAGUACCCGCUGAUGCACUAUCUAGCAUAGAUCCAAUUGAAUCUAGGAUAGACCGAAAGUCUGAGGCACCUGUUCAACUAAUAAGGGAUGAGUCAGAAAUAUCAGAGGUGGCAGCCCCUGAGCGGUCAAUUCCUGUUAGUAAGCAAUGUGUCAGUAAUCCUCUGUUGAUGCUGCAGCCGACAGGCCCAAUGUUGAGUCACUUGGAGGUGGUCGAUGGAUGUGAUGUUACGCUUCCUGACUGUGACGAUAGCUUGGUCAAUAAGACAUAUACCGGUAUGUAUUCGGCAGAGGAUAAGGAACACAGAGAAAAUAAUGGAGCAGAAAAAAACGGUUUGACACAGGCGAAUAAAAAGGAUGCUGUUGAUUUUAUCACCUCUUUGACAGCUGAAGAUAAAAUUAAAAUUUUACAAGAGGAAAAACAACCUCCUGGAGCUGAAUGUGUACUGGCAAAUGAUGUAAUGAUCCAAGAUAAAGUAGACCGCACCCUCAUCUCUAACAAGCCUUGUGAUACAAUUGAACUGUGUGGUAUCAAAGAGAAACAGAACAUGGCUAACCAAACUUCUGUGUCACUCAGUGAGAAAGAUCAGCAGCAUGAUAAUGGAAAGAAAAAAGAAGAGAGCGGCAAACUGCAGACCGGCAAUGCGAUGACAAAACAGAGUAAAGAGUCAGAUAAAGAUGCUGAACAGGAAACAGGAAAGUGUGAACUUGGUGAUAUUUCCAACCAGACUUUAACAGAAGAAAAGGAGCCUAAGGACAACAACGACACAUCAAUGGGUUCCUUUUCAAACAUUGAAAUGAGCAAUUUGGCUCAAAAAGAGAAGCAACAGGAGCAAAGUUUGGGAUCCAAGUAUUCAACGGAUGGAAUGACAGGUAGUGGUGUGGACACAUUUGAAGAGGAAGGAAAGGCAAAUAGCCAGAGUAAACCGAUUCAAGUGCCUGCUUUUGUAAUUCCAGAGCUUGUAAAAGGAAACAAUGGGUCUUUUGAGACAACGGAGGGGCAACAUUUGUUAAGUGGUGACAACAAUACCACUCAGGAAGUGGUAGCUCUGGCAAAAGUUGAGAAGAAGGAAGCACAGGUAAUUCUAGGUGUUGACAAUGACAAUGAAUUGCUGAAUUGUGUGGAUCGUAAAGGUCAGCCAGAAAGCAACCAAUCAGAUUCUUCUGCGGACCUACAGGAAAACCAUUUGGCCCUUAUAGAAAGCACUCUUUCUGUUGAUUCUUUAUCAGAGGAUUGUGCCAUUUUACCUUUAGGUUUUUCUGUUUUGACUGAAGUUGUGACUAAUAGUGAUGGUAUUUAUACCGACUCAUGUCUUCGUGCCAACCAGGAUGACAAGAUGUUUGACAAAAUAUGCAGUGCAGUAGAAAAGGAUCACAGUGCUGCUCAGGCUGUGAAAACUCACAAGAGUGAAACUGAAGGGUGUAAAAUACCGGAUACAGUAUGUGAGUCUCUUGAGCCGCAAUGCUCCAAUAAAAGCUCAGCCACACAAAAUGGUCCAGUAGCACAAAAGGCCAUAAACGGACCUCAUGUAGAUGAGGCUGCAAGGGGAAACAAUGCAGCUUUAGAUGAAGAAAAUGAUGGUUUCCCGGCAGUGGGCAGUAGGGAGAUAAAAGUAAUAGACAAUAAAGCAAUCGACAAAGAUGAGGUUAUGAAAGACAAAGACCCAGGAUCAAUUGAUGUUUCAGAACAGUCUGAAAACAUCACCGAAAAUGCGUCUUGCCACUCUAAUAGCAACAUUGCUCUUUUGAAAAAUAUGGAAAAUGAUACAAUUAUCCAGCCACAACCCAUCAAAGCCACAGAUACACCCAGCCAAGAAGAUGUUACAUCGGUCUCACAGGCAGACUUUUCCCAUUCUGACAAACUUCAUGAUCACAUCUCCCUGCCAAAUCCACCAGCUGAGGUGAUACAAACCCCAGCCUGCAAGUCUGGGUCUUUACAUGUGUCAGAGAACUCUCCUUUUGGACUCACGGCACAAGAACCAGAUACAAACUGGAUACACGCUCUAAGAGAAGCUGCUUCUGACCCUCAGACUGAACAAGAGAGAACAGACAUAAGACCCCUCCCUUCUCUGGAGUCUCCUCAACAGGAGUUUGUCACUCCGACUGAGGAGGUAGCUGCUCCUCUGGGACCAGAGCUGAUCACUCAGGAAAAUACAGCCAUCAACACGCUACAUCCUGACGUAGAUCUUGCAGAACCUCAUAAACUUCACGAGCAGACACAGGAGCCGAGAGAAAUAAAAGAGGAGCCCCCUGAAGAGCAUCCAGUGCCAGAAAGUAGCCCAGAAAUUGCUGUGCAUCAAGCCGAGCCUGAAGAACCAGCAAACAUCAAAGAUGAGGUUAUAGAGCUCUCUGAAUCAACAGCGAAGGAGCUAUCUGAUGAAAUUGAGAGGACAACUGAGCAUCUAGAAUCAGAGAAGACAAACGCUGAGCAUCCAGAGGAGAAACCUGAAAAAAACCCAACUGAAGAAACCCCAGAAACAGCCCAAGAUCCUAGUGAGGUGCUACAGGAAAGUGGACAUCACCCCCAGCCUGUUCCUCUUCCUGACCUCUCCACUCUUACUUCUGCAACCCCCGAGAAGACACCGCCUGCAUCUCCGCGCCUUCCUCUUUCUGCACACUCUAUUGCCCAGAGUGAGGAUCCCUGCCCACCCUCUGCACCUCCUUGCCGCCUUCUUCUAAGGAGUUCUGACUCUGAUGGAGCAUUCGAGACUCCUGAAUCCACAACUCCAGUAAAGGCUCCUGCAGAUCUACAGAGCCAGUUACCAACUACUGAUGACAAAGUACAAGACAACUUAGUGAAGGAUUCUUCAUCUGGCUUGACUUCUGAUCUGCUCUGCCAUUCUACAUCUACUGUUUUCGACGAGGACAGGCCAAUUGCUGCCAGCGGUGCAUACAACAUUGAACUUCUUGCCUCAGAGUCAACAAGUCAACCUCUGACGCGUUCCCUCAGCCUCCAGGGAGGAGAACUUGACACAUCUGGCUUGUCUGAUGGAUCCGUAACAAAGGGCUUCCGUCCACAUUCGGAAUCCUUCAGCGUCGGCACAGAGAGUGCCCCGGGGACACUUCGCAGACCCAAAAAAGCCCGUCCUGGAUCUGUGAAAAAGAAACCUCUCCUGAGACAGAACUCUAACCCGGAGAGGCCAAGUUCUACUAGUAGCACCCCAGAGCUUAUUAAGCGAGUGAAGCCACAAGCUGUUACUCAGGAGUUAGAAGAAGGUGACUCUCCUAGCACAAGUCCUACAGGCACCCUCAGGAACACUAGAAAGUGCUGUGUGGAAACCCCUCCUCCGCCUGUACCAGAAGAAAAUAGUAAAACAGAACCAGAGGGAAGCCUUGCAGCUCCUGCCUUACCUUUGUGCCAGGAGGAAAAACAUCUCCCUUCUAGUCCUCCUCUCAAAGAAGACCUCCCACUCCCUCCUAGUGCCUCCUACAAAUGGGAUCCAGAUAAUUUUGACAGCAUAGACCCUUUCAAGACUGGAGGGAGUAAAAUUGCCAAUUCACCGGUUCUGGGUCGUAAAAGUCCUGCGUCUGCCCUAAUUGCUUCCUUCCCAGAGAGUCCUCCGAUCGCUGCUGUGAGACAACCUUCUCCUGCAGCUCCAACUGAAGAACCACCUUUCAACCCUGAAGAGCAGCCCAUCGUACCCAAACGUGAGUCAGUGAGGCUGGAGUUUGAUUACGCAGAGGAGAAUAGCGAGGCAUCCCACACAGUUUCUCCUCCGCCUAAGAAAGUGGGUAAAAAGCCUGGUGUCAAGAUGCCUCUGAGGAAGCCAAAGUUGGGGUUAAAGAAGGCUCACCCAGCCCAGAUCGAACAACUGGACAACAACCUAAAACCAGCACAUAAUGGCAACGUGGAGGAAAUCCCUAUUUCCAAAAGUUCUUACAACUUUGAAUCGGAUAAGUGGGAUGACCCAAAUUUUAAUCCGUUUUCAACAAAGACGCACAUUCCGAGCUCUCCCAAAGCAACCGAAUCUUCUUACAGUUUUGACCAUGAUAACUCUAUAGACACUUUUAAAUCCUCCAACAAGAUGGCUUGCUCUCCUCCCAAGGCCUCUGCCUCUUUAGAUUUGUCAUCUAAUGAAGAUGUGGAAAAUGACAACGACAACAUCGGGGAACUAGAAGAUCAAAAUCAGAACAAACCUGCCAAAAAAAAGAAGACUCCUAUCAAAUCUAACACUUUCAGGGUGAAGAGGUCCCCAAAGAAAUCACCGUUGUCUGACCCCUCACAGGAUGCAGAUGACCCCGACUGUCUCCAGCCACAGGAUGACCACGCAACUGACGAGGAGAAGCUGGCCUCCUCCACUAGUCACAAGUGGGCGGAUUUGAACUCGGAUCAGCAGGAAUUUCCUCAACCAUCUGAUCUGACAUCAUUUGUUGAAAGCAGUCUUCAAUCUGCAGUGCAAGACUAUGAAAUAGAAUACAUGGAGAAGAUUGGCUUGUCUUCACCGCCACUUUCUGUGAAGAAACCAUCAUUAUACCUACAGUUGGACUCAUUAUCAGACACCUUAAAGGAUGCACAUGAUCCUAACUCCCCCUGCACAGGGAGUUUUGAGGAAAUGGAGGCCAAGAUAACAGCGGCCAUGAAAACCCCCACCCUGAGUUCCAGGCCUGGUCCUGAGGGUUCUUCCGGGGAAAAAGGCAGGAAACGAGAAAUCGAAGCACUCAGCCGAACACAAAGCACAGAAAGGGAUGAGCAGCUCAAUAGCCAAGAAGCCCCCGCAGCAAUCCCGGCCAUGCCCCUGUUAGACAGGCUGUCUGAGUGUGAAGACCCUGUGCAGUACCUGGAGCCUGACCUCGCUGAGACCAACCCUAAUGCUUUCGCCCAAAAACUGCAGCACAGAGAUGUGUCUUCUCCAUCAGAGAGUUCUGUGUCCAAGAAUAUGCUCUACGCCCGGACUGCCCCCAGCUACGUUGAUGGAGAGAGUCCACAUCUUCCCAAAGAUUUGGACCACUCGCUGGGAAUUGCAAGAGAAGAGGUUGUAACCAAAGAAAGAGAGGUGCUAGAGUGGCAAAGGAAAUACGAAGACAGCCGACUGGAAGUGGCAGAGAUGAGGAGGAUUGUUGCUGAGUAUGAGAAGACAAUUGCCCAGAUGAUAGAGGAUGACCAGAAAGAAAAGUCUCUCUCCCACCACACCAUUCAACAGCUGAUCGUGGAAAAGGAUCAGGCCUUAGCUGACCUCAACUCUGUGGAAAAGUCUCUGGCCGACCUCUUCCGACGCUACGAGAAGAUGAAAGAUGUGCUUGAGGGCUUUCGCAAGAAUGAAGAGGUUUUGAAGAAAUGUGCUCAGGAGUAUCUAUCAAGGGUCCGUAAAGAGGAACAGCGGUACCAAGCUUUGAAGAUUCAUGCGGAAGAGAAACUAGACAAGGCCAAUGCGGAGAUAGCUCAGGUGAGGACCAAGUCCAAACAGGAGCAGGCUGCCCACCAGGCCAGUCUGAGGAAGGAGCAAAUGAAGGUGGACUCUUUAGAGCGCACUUUGGAGCAGAAGAACAAAGAGAUUGAGGAGCUAACAAAGAUCUGCGACGAGCUGAUUGCCAAGAUGGGAAAAUGUUAGCAGCCAUUAUUCUGGUUCAAGACUUUGUUCAUACAAACACAAAAAGGUGUUCAUGUGCUUGGAAAAUGAACAGGAGUAUAAAUGUGUUACCACUUCUCCAAGAACUCUUAAAAGCCACACUGGGCUUGAAUUUUCUACUGACCUUGUGGAAACAGGAUCUUCUUAAUCAUGCUGUAUAUUUUUGAUGUGUCACUGUAUUGUACAGUAUCAGUGGUGUGGUUUAACGUUUUAGGAACUGCACCAUGUCAUUAAGUGUGUAUGUGUGUGAGUGAGAGAGCGUGUGACGAUGAGAAUUGCGCGUGGGUUUAAUGUUGUUUAUGAUGUUGCCAUGACAGCCACUGAGGGAGAAGACUGUUUACCUACUUCUUGUGAUGCCUCCUCCUUGUAACUGUAAGAGAAAGGAGCAUCAGAUACGUUUUUAGAGUGACGCAGCACUAAGAGAAUAAAAAAAAUAUCACUUUAGCUUAUUGCAUGCGAGAGAGAAAGAAAACAUUGUGUGUUUUGUAUACAAUGUAGAAAACUACAUUUGGAGAAGACUCAUUCUCAUAGUUAUGUCUCCACUGUAAAACACAGAUGACUAUUAAUUUGUCACAGUUAUUAUUGUCAACAGCUAGUGUGUUUCACUCAUCUAACUUUGUAGAUACUUGUCAUACUUUGUCAUAGCUGUUUUGAUCAGAUCAUGGGACUUUAUUUUUCUGUAUUUUAUUUUGCUAUAUACUAAUUGUGACUGUAUUCAGAUAUGCACCAGUCCUGUUUGGGUUGUUGCGUCACACUGACCAGUAACAUGUCUGCACAGCUGCUGUCCAGCAUCUGCUUACAAAGUGCAAUAAAAGAUGGCAAUAUAAA